GGCCCCUCGCACCUGUGCCCUGCUGGAGCGGCUCCACCUCUCCAUAUAAGGACAUGUGAGAGAGCCUUGAUGGGCUGACGUCGAGUGUGAAGGGGAAAGAACAGGCUUUGUGUGCUGAGACCUAAACCGGAGGGGAACACCGGGAUAAUCUGGUUGCAUAAGAAGCCAUUGAAUUUGUCUCUGCACUAAUCCCCCCGACAUGUCCAACCGUCCCGCGGCGGAGGAACACGCGCCCGCACACCUGUGGCUCUGAAGGCACCGAGAGGCGCCGCAUGCUCGAGGAGCGCAUGGAAUCAGACUGAACGCACGCGGUCGGGGCAUCGCUGGGUCCGUGCGCGUCAACGCAUCUCUGCAGAAGCUGCAAUGCUUCACGCUGCGAAGGCGAGGUGGCCGCUUGUGCCGUGCGCGCCCGUGACGAUGCCGCUGACGCGCCACUAGCCGCACCACCCAGGAGACGGAGAGGAGAGCUGUGAGCGACGACCGACCGGAAACCUCUCUCGGUUUGUUCUUUCCUCCCUCCUUCCUCGACGACCGCGGACCGAAGCCUGUUGUCCCGCAGGACGAUAUUCAACGAGCGACAGCAAUUCACCGGUAGCAUCGUCCAGGCUGCUCUGCAGAGAUGGAGGUACCAGGCUUGGCGCACAGCAUCAGCAGCCCGCUGAGUCCCUGCGAGGGGAUGAUCAAGGACCUGAGCCUAGACGCCUUGCAGCUGUGCGAGCGAGAUGGGAGUAAAUCGCAGGACGGCAGCAUCUCUGAGAUGGAGGAGCUCCCUGUUCCUCAGAACAUCAAGAUCAGCAACAUCACCUGUGACUCCUUCAAGAUCUGCUGGGACAUGGAGCCGCGCAGCAAGGAGCGCAUCACCCACUACUUCAUUGACCUGAACAAGAAGGAGAACAAAAACUCAAACAAGUUCAAGCACAAGGAUGUUCCCACCAAGCUGGUGGCCAAGGCCGUGCCCCUGCCCAUGACGGUCCGGGGCCACUGGUUCCUCAGCCCACGCACAGAGUACACCGUGGCCGUCCAGACCGCGUCCAAACAGACUGACGGGGACUACGCCGUCUCCGAGUGGAGCGAGAUCAUCGAGUUCUGUACUGCUGAUUAUUCCACAGUGCAUCUAAACCAGCUAAUGGAGAAGGCAGAGGUCAUCGCAGGUCGCAUGCUGCCUUUCUCCGUCUUCUACAGGAACCAGAAUAAAGAGUAUUUUGACCAUGCCAGGGAGGUGCAGGAGAACCGAAUGCUGUCAUCGGUGAAGGACAACAGUGGCAGCCAUGGCUCGCCCAUCAGUGGCAAGCUGGAGGGCCUUUUCUUCAGCUGCAACACCGAGUUCAACACAGGCAAGCCUCCGCAGGACUCCCCUUACGGUCGCCACCGCUUCGAGGUCCGCGCUGACGCACUCUUCAACCCCGACACCAACCUGUACUUCGGAGACUUCUACUGCAUGUAUACAGCCUACCACUUUGUGAUUCUGGUCCUGGCACCAAAGGGCUCCGGCGGUGACGAGUUCUGCAAGCAGCGCCUUCCCGCACUCGACAUCGGCAACAACCCGUUCCUCACCUGCAAGCGGGACGAAGAGGGCGAUGGCAGCCUGGCGUUUCAUCACGCCCAGGACGUGAUCCUUGAGGUGAUCUACACGGAGCCUGUAGAUCUGGCGUCAGGCACAGUGGCUGAGAUCAGCGGGCACCAGCUCAUGAGUAUGUCCACAGUCAAUGCCAAGAAGGACCCGAGCUGCAAGACCUGCAACAUCAGUGUGGGACGCUAAGAAACAGCAGAUUGUAUGGAGAGCAAGGGAUCGGACUAGAGGUGACCGACCUCGCACACACAGGAAGUCCACGUGUGCUGGAGAAGCAGACCAACACAUGCAUGAAGCAGCAGAUUUAGUAGGCUCCAACAUAUCUCUGACACCGCUCUGUACUCUGAAGAAACCAACAUUCCCAAAGAAGAAUGGAGAAAAAUAGGAGCGUCCACACACUUUGACACCUGCACCAUUGUCUCCUCAUCGUAAAACGUUGCCCUAAAGGUUGAAAGCCUACAUUAAAACAUACCUAAAGAUGUCCACAUAAGGGACCACCAGCUGAAAAAUGUACACCUGGGUCACCAGGUCCAUCCAUCCAUCCUACAAGUCCACACCGGCGUACUGACCAAACCCUUUAAACUGUACUAAAAGACACGGGCUGCUUCUGUUCUAUUUCCUGCUUCUCAUUUGGAUCUGUUGAUCAUAUUUUGCUAAUGACCUUUGCCUUGUUAUUAUUAAUAUGCUGUCGAUAGUGUCCACAAUCUGUGUGGACGAGCAUUUUGUUGUUUCCAUUUACCUUUCUAGAAACAUUUUGUUCUCAUUCCACAGUAGAGAAAAUCUGACUUCUUCUUACCUCCUACUAGUGGCAUGGACUGGUUCUACAAUUUUCGAAGGCUGCAGCAUCAAUAGUCAUCUUUCUUCAUAUUGUACCAAAGGUAUUAAUAACCAGACAUGAAACUGCUGUGGAAUCUAAUGCAACAACCUGUAGAAGGUGUUCUCACUAAGUCUCUGAUGACCAACUGCUCAUGAACUCAUCAUCCAAAACAAAAGCAUGAUGCAGUUCUGUGCCGACUGACAACUGUUCCUCAGCUCUCAGACCUUUUCUGCAACGUUCACUUUUAUUUUAUUCUGGUCAAUGGAAAGAAAGUAGAACCAUAAACUGUGUUUAGCAGAAUAAAUGUGAAAAAAUAUUUAUUUUUUAUUGAUAUUCAUAUAUAUAUUGUGUGUAUAUAUAUAGAAAAUUCUAUAAACCAGAAGUGCACAAUGUCAAAAGCUCUGAUCAUUGUCAACAACAGCAUUUAGGGGGAAUGAAAUGAACUAAUUAAAUUAAGGUAAAAUGGGGUAAAAAAAUAAAUUGAAAAAGACAAAUUUGACAGCAGCAGAACUUGCACUACAAUGUCAAGGUUCACCAACAUUCACAUUCCAAGGUGAGCCCGUAAAUCGAAUGGUCACGAUUUAGAUUUACUCUGAAAUUCUUAAUGCAUAUCAUAGCACAAUGCAGGACUAGAGAACUGACAUGCACAAACACCACACGAUCGUCUCAUUGAUUGCAUUUAUACUUAUUUUUGCCAAGAUAUUGCACAAAAAUGCAGUCUCCACAUUAAUAAUGGACAAAGCUCCAAAAAUAGCAUUUUGGCAAUGGCAUAAAAAGCAAAGUGCCAUAAUAUACGUACAGUAAUCUUAAAUGACUAAUAUGUAACUAACAUCAUGUGGUUGCAGCUCUUCAUCUUUGACAGACUAAUGCUACAUGAAGAUACACUUGCUACAUUAGGCUUAUUUAGUACGAUGCGUCACGAAUGACAAACGGUGUGUUUUGGGAAUAAAAAAAACUGCAGUUGCCCAGAUUUCCGUCAGAUUGUCUCCGAAUUCCAUCCCUGUUUUCCUCAUGUAAAGUGCAUCCACCUAAUGAGCAUGGCAUGAAAAAAAGACCCAGCGGCUUGUCGUCCCGACACGACCGAGUCCUGUUCAGUCAGAUCAAAGUCCCACUGUGAGUCAACUCAACUGGUCCUGGUUGAGGCCUGUUGUUUGCUGAGCAGGGCCUCCAGCAGACGGAGCUUCGCUUUGAGCUUCUUGUACUGGCAGUACUCCUCCGCCAUCGGGCCACGGUCCUCCUUCUGACAGGCCCUGUUAGAAAACACAUGGAGGAAAGAAGAUGCAAACAAACGGCAAAACCCUUUUUGUAGUUUCCAAACAACCGUUUAGCAGCUUCCAUAACUAGUUGAUAGUCCCUAUGUUGCCUUACUCAGAUUGCUUUGUACAGUGUGUAUUGUAAUCACGAUCCUUCUGUAUUUACUUUGGAGGACUAACAUGUACAGUACAAAAGGACGUGUACAGUUCAGAGCAAACGUCCUCUCUCUCUCUCUCUCUCUCUCUGUCCCUCUCCUCUGUGCUGUAUUAACGUUGUGUGAGUGUGCAUUACUCUGUCGGACCAUUACGAUGGAAUUUCUUUUGUGGAUGUUUUUCUUUUUCCUUUGUUUUUCACAAGACAUUGUUGAAAACCAAAUGUUCCAAGUUUAUUAAAAGACAAAAUAAAAUUCAAGCGCCAAGUA